GAAAUACUGCAGGAGAGAGAGAGAGAGAGCACAGAGAGAUAUUAGCGGGCUUUGGGGUUUGUGAUGGAUCGCUUUGACCGCCAGAAGAACAACAGGGAGGUGAACAGUGUUCUGAACUCGGGACCAUGGACGCGUUUCUCCGCUUGGCUCGAGUGUGUGUGUGUUGUUACCUUCGACCUCGAGCUCGGACAAGCAAUAGAGUUAAUUUACCCUCAUGAUGCAAAACUUACAGAGAAGGAGAAAACAAGCAUAUGCUACCUAUCCUUUCCUGACUCAUUUUCGGGAAGCCUUGGAGACACGCAGUUCAGUUUUAGGCUGCGCCAGUCUGUGGGACGAGUGAGUGGUAUAUGGUUUGAAGAGACAGAUGUGUACAACAGAGAAGCACCACUACCACUGCAGAAGGAAAUGGCUCAUUUCUACGGCUAUGUGUACUUUAGACAAGUGAAGGAUGUCUCCGUCAGAAGGGGCUACUUUCAGAAGUCUCUGGUGCUGGUGUCCAGACUGCCGUAUGUUCACUUGUUCCAGUCUCUACUGCAGAUCAUCGCUCCUGAGUUCUUUGAGAAGUCAGAGCCUUGUUUGGAGGCAGUUUGUAAUGAGAUUGACCAGUGGCCCCCACCUGCACCAGGACAGACACUCAGUUUACCUGUGAUGGGAGUCAUCUUGCAGGUCAGAAUUCCUUCAAAAGAUGACAAACCAGGAGGAAGUCCUAUCAGCCAGGGACAGAAAGAGAAGCGUCUCUCUUCCUCUAUGGUUCUCUCUACCAUUCAUGAGCUGGAUAUUUUUAAGUGCUUCCAGUCUGUCCUGAUUCACAUACAGUUGCUGUGGGAGCUGAUGUUGCUAGGAGAGCCGUUGGUCGUCAUGGCACCUUCUCCAGCUGUGUCCUCGGAGACAGUGCUGGCUCUAGUUAGCUGCAUCAGUCCAUUGAAAUACUGUUGUGAUUUUCGGCCAUACUUUACCAUCCAUGACUGUGAGUUUAAGGAGUACACGACCAGAACUCAGGCACCGCCUAAUGUUUUACUUGGUGUUACAAAUCCUUUCUUUAUAAAGACCUUUCAGAACUGGCCUCACAUCAUGUGUCUGGGGGAUCUAAAGAUGUCCAAUUUGCUAAAACAAGUUAAACUAAAGAAACUGACCAAGCUGAAAAUGCUGGACACAAAACCAGGUGUAUACACAGCGUACAAACCCUUUCUCCAUAAAGACAAAGCUCUAAUCAAGCGACUUUUAAAGGGAAUUCAGAAGAAAAGGCCUUCUGAGGUGCAGAGCGCCAUCUUGAGGCGCUAUUUGUAUGAACUGACCCAGAGCUUUGUCCUUCCACUGGAGCGAUACCUGGCUGGCUUGAUGCGGCAGAUAUCCGUGACUCCAUGGAAGACUCCUCCUCAGAUCCGACCGUUCAGUCAGGACGAGUUCUUCGCCACUCUGAAUCAUGCUGGACCUCAAACACCCAAAGGGGACUGGCUCGGCCUUUAUAAGAAAUUCUUUCAGUCUUCUAACUUUGAUGGCUGGUUUCGUGCAAAGCAAAGAGAAAUGAUACAGAAAUUAGAAUGUCUUCAUUUGGAGGCCAUCUGUGAAGCUGAUCUGCCGAGUUGGACAAAAGACAAGUCUGAAGUGGAGACUGUUGACCUGGUUCUAAAAUUGCGUGAAAAACUGAGGAGAGCUCACACACAGCAGCUUCUGGUGAAGGAGGAAUUACUGCACAAGCUGCAGAACUACAUCCAUUCUGUGAUCAGCUCUCUGCCUGAGGAUCUUCAGACUGUACUCGACAAAAACUGAUUUUAGUGCAGGGAUGAAAAUCCGAUUUGAUCAGGUAGCUCAUGUGCUCUCAUUUCAAAACUCGUGGAGCAGCAGCAAUAAUAGAUAUACAGCAACACACAGGGGAUAGCAAUACUGUAUUAUAGUGCGUGCGUGCGUGUGUGCGUGCGUGUGCGUGCGUGUGCGUGUGUGUGUGUGUGCGUGCGUGCGUGCGUGUGUGUGUGUGCCGCUGAGUGAAGCCAUGAGGGUGAAGGGAUAGAAAUGUGGCCUAGCUGCCUCUCACUCUUGGUGCUUCACUCUGCUCUACUGACUUUUGAAACAAUAGAGAUCUGCAGCUUAUCAGUAAGAAUUUAUAACUUUAAAUCAAGAAAGUAAAAUUAGAGGUUUGUUGUAUUGUACAUUAUUUCUGUUUCAUAAAGAAACCUUCUUUCACUUUAUUGUUAAUUGAAUGAUUACAUGUUGAGCCAGAACUGAUGUUUAUAGUUGUAUAAAAUUGAUCCUCAUAUUGUCUUUAUUAUUUCUUAUGCUUUUUUUGUAAUAAGGGUUUUUUCUCCACUGACCAUCCCACACUAGUAUUAAUGAGAUCAGACACUGAUGUUGGCUGAGGAGGUUGGUGUUUAUUUUAUGUUCUAGUUCAGUUAUGGAAUCAGGGCUUUGUGCAGGACACAAGUUCUAUUCCAACCUUAACACACCAUAGAGCUUCAUGGAGCUGGUUUUGUGUAUAAAUCAUGCUGGAACAGGAUUAAAACGAAAUUGAAAAGCUGCAGAGACAGUUCUAUAAAGUUAUAUGCUUCUGAAUGUGUUAAUAGCUUGGGGGAAGUUGGAGCUCAGUGGUGACGUCUCUUGGUAACUGAUUAGAAGGUCGCUGGUUCAAGCUUCUACUCUUCCACUCUGCUCUCACUCCUGGAGCCCUGAGCAUGGCAUUUUAAACCUCUGUGCUCCAGGGGGCGCUGUAGCAUCUCUGAUCCCGGCUUUUUAACCUCACUGGGUUUUGUGAAGAAAGAAUUCACUGUGCUAUAAAGUACAUGUGAGAAGUAUAACACACCUUUCUUUACCUUUUCCUUUUUGAGGAUGAAGCAUGUGGGUGUGAUGGUCAGCUGUUUCUAAUCUGAACUGACAAAUAAAUGCUUUAACAAUAA